UGCCCCCACAGGACAGGACAGCUGGGAGGGGCUUCCUGUCUCCCAUCCCGCCCCACAUCUGGAAAUGGGUGGGCACCUCUGGCCCGGACCCAGGCAGCUGUCUGGCAAGGGACGCUGCCCACCCAUGGACACAGGCUGCUGUGGAAACAAGCUCUCUCUGGAAGGUCUGGCCUCUUCCUGGGGGACACCGGGAUUGGCACCUAAGAGUGAAGCCCCUCCCGGCUAUGUCCACUUUGGGCCCCCUGCUGGUGCCUUAUCAUGGGCUGAUCUAAUCUUGUCCCAGGAUCAGACUGACUGCAGCGCUUUGGGGGAGGGUUCCUAGAUGGCCGCACUAGGGGAGCCCUCGGGGAGCUCCUCCUGUACAGCCAGGAGGACGGGCUUGCAUUAGGACCCGGGUUCCCGUCCAGCUCUGCCACAGACGUGCCGCGCCUCUCCUGGAGCCUCAGUUUCCUCCUCUGAAAAGCGAGGGGGGCCCUGAACCCCCACGGUCUCCCUCGUGUUCAGAAAAACCUGGAGGGACUUGCAGGAAGCGGAGGCAGAGCGGCAGAGACGCCAGCGCCCAGCCCGACGGGCACCCUCUGCCAGCCUCGCCCUCGGGCGAUGGUGCCAUGUCCGCCAAGGUGCCCAUCUACCUGAAGCGGGGCAGCCGCAAGGGGAAGAAGGAGAAGCUGCGGGACCUGCUGUCGUCGGACAUGAUCAGCCCGCCGCUGGGCGACUUCCGCCACACCAUCCACAUCGGCAGCGGCGGCGAGGGGGACAUGUUCGGCGACAUCUCCUUCCUCCAGGGCAAGUUCCACCUGCUCCCGGGCACGGGGGGCGAGGGGCCCGACGACGACGACGACGGCGCCUUCAACCUCCCCUUCCAGUUCGCCCGCACCGCCACGGUGUACGGGCGCGAGCCGCUGGGCUUCUCCGACGGGCACUCCCCCCUGCUCAAGAAUGCCAUCUCCCUCCCGGUCAUCGGCGGCCCCCAGGCCCUCACCCUGCCCUCCGCGCAGGCCCCCCCCAAGCCCCCCCGCCUGCACCUGGAGCCCCCGGCCCCAGCCGCUGGGGAGAGCGAGGACUCGGCAGCCUGGAGGACUCGGGAGCCGGACUCUCCCCGGAACGGCUUCGUGCCUGAGCGGGACGGCGAGGAGCCCUUCCUGUCCCAAGCCAGCUCCCUCCUUUCCCUGCACGUGGACCUGGGACCCUCCAUCCUGGACGACGUGCUGCAGAUCAUGGACCAGCACCAAGACCCAGACAGAGUCGAGACCCCCACAUAAACCCUGGGAGCGGGGCAGGGCGGGGAGGGGGCGCCGCCUUCACUCCGACGAUCGCGGGGCAGAUCGCUUCUCACUCGUGCCUCAGUUUCCCCCGCUUCGUCCCACGGACAGGACGAGGUUUUGAGCCUCGGAAGAAAAGCACUUUGCGCUCCUCGGGACAAGUAGGGGCCCCUCCGGGCCGAGGCGGGCUCAGCGCCCUUCUCGCGGCCCAGCUGGCGGGAGCCAGUUCUCUCUUCCCUCGGCUAGGAUGUGGGUGACGGUGCCGACGGUUCAAGAACGGACCGCAGGGAUCCCCCAGCCCCGGCCGGCGGGCAGCUGUCUUCUAGACUCCGCUUGGCCUCUGGGCUCUGUGUCAGCCCGUCCCCUCCCCCCUUACAGUGAGCUGUGAUUGCAAUAAACCGUGCUGGACCGGCCGCCGCCUCUCCCGCCCUCCCCUCCUCCCUGGUUUGCUUUGGGGCCGACCCCUUGGAUUCCAUCACGGGCGGGGCUGCCUUCUACAGGUGGGGAAACCGAGGCCCAGGUCUCCGUGGCUGCGGGUGGCAGGGUGGGGGGAGGGGGUUGGGCCGCUGGCUUCUUCGGUGACACGCCGAGGCCCCCGGCUGCUGUGAGGGCGAGCCUCUGCCCUACCCUGCACCCCCUAACAUGCACGGGCCCUGAAUGAAUGAAACGGGGCCGGGGCAGACUGUGGGAGCCCAGCUGGCGGGGGAGAUGCGGGGGAAGGACCCCACGCUGGACAUCAGAAGGCCUGGAUGACUCUUGGGGACCUUGGGCGAGCCAGGAGCCCCCUCGGCUCCUCAGGCUCAAAGCCUGUCCCAGGGGCGCUAGACAGCUCCGUGGAUGGAGAGCUGGGUGGCCCCCACGGCCCAGCCCUGAGCACCCUUCUGCCUCGGAGCCAGGACCCAGGCUUGAGUCUGCGUUGGCAGCAGCAGAGGCGAGAGGAGAGACACGGGCUGGCCUGACCUUCCAGCGCAGGCUCCACCGUGGAUGGGCUCCAAGGCAGAACGAAGGGACCUGCCCAGGGUCACCCAGCGAGGAAGGGUCUGAGGCCAGAUUGGAACCCGGGACCUCCCGUCUCUAGGCCCGGCUCCAUCCACUGAGCCACCCAGCGGCCCCCACUUUCCCCAUGUUUUUAACAGCCCCACCCAAGGCCUAAACGCAAGCCAGCCUGAUUUGCCCUGUUCUUCCAGGCCCCCAUCCUGGCCUCGGCUCGGGGUUCAAGCACAAUGGGUCCGUCUGUCUGUCCAUGGUUCUGGGGGCUUGUGAUGCCCCCGAGCGCUCGCCUGUCAGAAACGAGGGUCCUUCUUAGCAGUGAUCCUCUGGCGGGGUUUAGGGGAAAUAGAGACAUGGGCAGCAGCCAGAGCUUCCUGUGGAGCCUGGAGGAGGAGAAGAAUGCCUCCGGACCGUGAUGGGCGGCUCGAGUUCAAACCCAGCCUCAGACACCAGCAGUGGGCCUGGGCCCAUCACCGAACAGCCCUUUGUGAAACCCUUAGGGGAGAGCCAGCGUGCAAACAUGUACAGACAAGCUCUUCUACAUGAUAAAUGGAGGAUAGUCACCUUCAGAGGGAUGGAGGGGAGCCCUGCAGGCCUGCGGUGAGGAGGACCCGGGUUCAAAUCCAGCCUCAUACACUUUCUAGCUGGAUGGCCCUGGGUGAGUCCCUUGCCCUGCUAUCUAGUUGUGACUAGGACAAAAUGAGGAGAGUUUUUCAAGGGGGAGGCGGGGAGAGAGAUUGGUCUGGAGAAGAGCGGAAGGGCCUGCUUCUCCUUCUGGAGAGGCCCCAAUGAGAGCCGCGGGGCUGAGCUCGCAGGAGAUACAACAUGGGUCUCCUGGAGCCGCCUCCUAAAGGCCUGGGAGUCAGAAGCCCCGCUGGGGCCCCGGAAUAGGAGCCGCCACUCUGGGCCCAUUUCCACUCUAAAGAUCAGCUGGUUGGGCCAGAGAAAGACCUGGAAGAUUCCUUUGCUUCCGGCAGAGCCCAUAGCACCAAGCAGGGGCUCCUGGUGCCCUCUGGUGCCCUCUAGUGCCCGGCGAUCGGAGCGUUCCAGCUCACUGUCACGAUGGGGAUGCCGAGGACGUGGCCCUGCCUGCUCUGCCUGGGCCUCCCUCCCGGGCCUCAGCAAGCCCACCUCACCCUGCCUGAUCUGCCUGGGCCUCCCUCCCGGGCCUCAGCGAGUCUGCCUCACCCUGCCUGCUCUGCCUGGGCCUCCCUCCCGGGCCUCAGCGAGUCUGCCUCACCCUGCCUGCUCUGCCUGGGCCUCCCUCCCGGGCCUCAGCGAGCCUGCCUCCCUGGAUAUUCACGUACCUCCCUGCCCGGCGAAUGAUCCGAAUGACAGCCGCGCACAGACGCCUGGCUCCCUGGGGACCGAGUCCCACUGCUCCGUCCUGGGCCUCUGAAGCUCACGCUGCACCCAGCCAGAAGUCUUGGGUGUUCUCCUUCCCAGCUUCCUUGAUGCUGCUUCCUGUGUUCCCUCUGUUGGUUCCUUUUUUUAAGCCCUCUCCUUCCCUCAGAAUCAGUCCUGUGGAUGGGUCCCAGGCAGAGGAGCAGUACCGUGGGGGGCCAUCCAGGGUCACCCAGCUGGGAAGCGUCUGAGGCCACAUUUGAACCCAGGACCUCCCGUCUCCGGGCCCAGCUCUCAGUCCACUGAGCCACCCAGGUGCUCCCUCUGUAUUGGUUCUCUUUACAAGCUUUACAAGUUCCUCUCCAUGUGUCUCGCUCUGCAGUGUGGUCAGCUUGCGGGCACCCAUCCUGGGGCCGUUUCUUGGCUGCUCUGACCAUUUCCCUGCACGGGCGUCUUUACUCUUUCUCUGACUAGUUUCUGUUCAAUUUUGGCUUUUCUUCCUCUUUUUUUAUUUAUUACACGAGAUGGUUCUCAGGGCAGCUCAGUGGCCUGGAGUCCAGGAAAACUUGAAUUCAAACCUCAGACACUUCCUCUGUGACCCUGGGCAAGUCACUGAACCCCAACUGCCAGCCUUGCCACUCUUCUGACUUAGAAUUGAUGGCGAAACCUAAGGGAAGGAUUUGGGGUCAUUUUUAGAGACGGUUCUCCGGGAGGCGAGUGAGAAUUCAGGCGAUGUGGAAAGAGCAGAGAGCAGCAACAAGGCAUUCCAAGCGUCAAAAGGACGUGCUGCUGGCCCGAUCCUAGCUGAGAGAUGUGUUCGGCUCUGAGGCCAGAGUUUCAGACGGGAAGGUGACCAACGUGGUAAAGGGCCCCAGGAAGAAGCCAGGGAAACUGAUCCUGCCGAAGGAAACAUUUGAAUCUCUGAAUCCUUAAAUUGGAUGGGACCAGGGGGCAGCUGGGUAGCUCAGUGGAUGGAGAGCCAGGCCUAGAGACAGGUCCUAGGUUCAAAUCUGGCCUCAGACACUUCCCAGCUGUGUGACCCUGGGCAAGUCACUUGACCCCCAUUGCCUCGCCCUUACCACUCUUCUGCCUUGGAGCCAAUACACAGUAUUGACUCCAAGACGGAAGGUGAGGGUUUAAAAAAAAAAUUGGAUGGGACUUAAAUCUUGUGGCACAUAAAAAUCAAGCCUCUACUGUGAUCUGCAGGCUGAAAGCUAGGUUUGACUAAGGGCAGGAAGGACUUUCAAAUGAGCUUCUUUCCUGGGCGCCCGGCUAUGCAAUUAUGUUGCUACUCCUUCCUUUAUCUUGUCAUUGGACUUGAUAUUAUGUUAAUACUUUUACUGGUUCCCUUGUUUGAUUGACAUCCCCCAAGCCCCCAAUGCUGAAAAACCCUAUAAUAAACAAUGCAGUGGGUCAGACCCUCUCUGUGCGCUGACCUGCGGACACAGUGCUGAAGUUC